AUGGUAGCCUCGUCGUCGGUCGAGACCGUCCCCGGAAGCAUCGAGAUGGCCGACGCUGCGUACGCGUACACGGGACACCUUGUGCUCUCGUUCGACGAUGAGACCGCGCCGUUGCAUGGCAGCGCCGUCCGCGUCCUCGACUGCCAGCUCGCGUUCGCCGACGACAAGAACUUUCUCAACGAGCGCUUCUUCCUCUCGACGCCAUCCGGGCAGCUUGUGACGGCUACGACCAAGUCUGCGGCCGACCGCGACGCGUGGCUCCUUGCGCUCCAGCUCGUCCUCGACAAGCGCGCGACGCCGAGUCCAGCAAUCGUCGAGACAUCGCUGUCACAACGCAUAGCCAGCGCCGACGCGGUACUCGCGUGCUUCCGCGACUGGCACAAACUACUCGCCCUGCAGGCCAACGACCCCUUGGGGCUCUUCAAGGAGACGCGCCAUUGGAGCCGGUUUGGGGCCAAGGACAAGGCUGCAUACCACGACUUGCAGGCGUACAUGGAUGGCGGUGACAUCGACGUAUGUAACCUCGUCGCUGGGCUCUACACUUUUGACGGGCUCGUGGCCCAUCUGGACAAGCACUAUGGCGUGCGCGGCCAGACAAAACGGCAAGUGCCGUAUCGGGACGUCUUCGACGCGGCCAAGACGCCACUCGAAGACCUUCCUGCGAACCUCUGGCCCGUGCGGGAUGCACUGGAAGAAUACUGUGAUGCAUCGACGUGGCAGCGGCUUGUCCGGGAUCACAGCAACACCAAGGGCGUGCGUGCGAGCGCGAUCCGCUGCGCCCGCAACCGAAACCUCAAGAACGACGCGACGGUCGCUGCGGUGCCGCGGGAGACGAAAAUGCCGAAGACAGAGACCACCGCUGUCGUUGCUAAGCAGCUCCUGGCUGAGAUGGAUGCCCACAUUGGCCAGGUCCUUGCCGGGCAAGCCGAGCUGCACCGCGGGCAGGUGGCAAUUGCGCGCCACGUGACGACCGAGCGCGUCGCGACGGCGAAGGCCAUCGAAGCGGUCCGUAAGCACGAGGCCGAGCUGCCCGCGAUCUUUUUGUCGCACUGCAUUUUGACACGCGAAAUGCUCGACCUGCCGAUCGCGCGUCUUGAGCCAAUACCAGACGAGUACGACGGCGACGUAUAUCUAUACAUCCGCGACACGGUGUCUGAUAAAGUUGUCGUUGGUGACCCGUACCCCCUGCGCGUUCCGCGAGGGGGUGUCAUGGCCUGCUUGUUUCCGGCGGCGGUGGUCGGUGCUGCGCUUGCAUCCUUGUCGAUGCUUGCGCCACAGGCACCCGGCAUGGUGCGGUCAGCCAAGCUACUGACGGACAAGGUGGUCAGCCGCAUUUUGCCGGCACCAUCUGCCCAAGAUGCCCGCAAGGGCUUGCGGAUCGAUGAGAUCAGCCAGCUCGGCGAUCCGCAGCGGACGCACGGUGGAAGCAAGACGAUCGUUAACCAAGACGGCGACAAGGUCCUCCGCGGCACUGCCGAAAGCAUCGCUGCUUGUGAGCGCGAGAUGGCAGCGACGGCCACCAACCGCUUGACGUAG